AUGUAUCGUCGCCUCGUCGGUCGUCUCAUCUACUUGGCCUUCACGAGACCGGACUUGGCUUAUACGGUCCACACGUUGGCCCAAUUCAUGCAACAUCCUCGGCAGGAGCAUUGGGAUGCCGCCAUUCGCACUGCUCGGUACCUUAAGGGUUGUCCGGGUCAAGGAAUACUUUUUCGGGCGGACUGUGAUCUACAACUGACAGGUUGGUGUGACUCUGAUUGGGCUAGUUGUCCGUUGACACGACGAUCGAUUACUGGGUGGUUGAUAUUCUUGGGUGGCUCGCCUAUUUCUUGGAAAACAAAGAAGCAACACACGGUGUCCCGCUCCUCCGCGGAAGUCGAAUACCGUUCCGUGGCGGCGGCCACCGCCGAGCUCAAAUGGCUUAAGGCGCUUCUGGUUGCUUGGGGGUGGAACAUCCUCGUGCUAUGA